AUGGUGCUGAUCGACAAGCAUGAGUACCUGACUGAGGAGGAGAAACGUUUGAAGGAAGAUCGUGAGCGCACUCGCUAUUGGAAGCGAUGGGGUCCCUACGUCGCUGAGAGACAAUGGGCAACAGUGCGUGAGGAUUAUUCUGAAAACGGCGAUGCCUGGAGCUACUUCUCGCACGAUCAUGCACGGUCGCGCGCCUUCCGAUGGGGCGAGGAUGGUAUCGCAGGCGUCUCUGACUCUCAUGGAAUUCAGAACAUUGCCUUUGCGUUCUGGAACGGCAAGGAUGAUUUCCUGAAAGAGCGUCUCUUCGGUCUCUCUAACCCUCAAGGUAAUCAUGGUGAGAGUAUCAAAGAAGCGCACUUCCACGUCGACAACACUCCGACGCAUUCGUACAUGAAGUUUCUGUACAAGUACCCCCAGAGCAAGUUCCCUUACCAGGACCUCAUUGACGAAAACGCCCGGCGAUCGCGGUUGGAGCGCGAGUACCAGCUUCUCGACACCGGCAUUUUCGAUGACAGUAAGUACUGGGACAUCUUCAUUGAGACUGCCAAGGACAGCGACGACGAAGAGGAGCUGAGCUUCCGCGUCAUUGCAUACAAUCGUGGCCCGGAGCCUGCUCAUCUUCACAUUAUUCCUCAUGUCUGGUUCCGCAACACCUGGGGCUUCGGCUUGGAGAAACCGGGCGAGAAGCCUUCAAUCAAACAAGAGAGCCCGCGGACGGCCAAGUCCACCCACCAUAAACUAGGCGAGCGCUAUGUCUCUUUUGCGCCUUCGCCGCCCGUGGGUGCUGGAGAGGACGAUAUCCAACCCCAAAUGCUCUUCACCGACAAUGACACCAACAACAUGAAGCUUUGGGGCACUGAGAACCCCGCUCCAUACGUGAAAGAUGCUUUCCAUCGCCAUAUUGUUGACAAAGAGAAGGGCGCCAUCAACCCGGAUAACGAAGGUACCAAGUUUGCGGCCUGGUAUGCUUUCAAUGAAGGCGAGGGUGUUCCUCCCGGAGAGUGUGCCGUCGUUCGUUUCCGUUUCUCGCGAAAGAAGGAAGACUUUGUCGAUGAAGAGGUCCUCGACGAUGUUAUCGAGAAUCGUCGAGCAGAGGCCGAUGAUUUUUACAACCACAUCAGCCCUCUUCCCAUGAGCGAGGAUUUGCGCAACAUUCAACGACAGGCGUUCUCAGGAAUGAUGUGGUGCAAGCAAUACUACAAUUUCAUCUGGGAUCAGUGGAGCAAUGGUGACCCCGGCGAAAUCCCUCCUCCACCGGGAAGAAAAGGCAUCCGGAAUGAACAGUGGCGCCAUCUAUACAUUGAUGAUAUCCUUUCCAUGCCGGAUUCCUGGGAGUACCCGUUCUUUGCCGCGUGGGACACUGCAUUCCACUGUAUCCCAUUGGCGAUGAUUGAUCCGGACUUCGCCAAGAAGCAACUGGAUCUGAUGACCCGCGAAUGGUACAUGCAUCCCAAUGGUCAGCUUCCUGCUUACGAGUGGAACUUCGGUGAUGUGAACCCCCCUGUGCAUGCAUGGGCGGUUUUCCGGACCUUCAAGAUCGAGCGCAAGAUGUACGGUCGGCAGGAUCUGGAUUUCCUUGAGCGGGUUUUCCAAAAGCUGCUCCUCAACUUCACGUGGUGGGUCAAUCGCAAGGAUUCCGAUGGAAAGAACGUCUUCGAAGGCGGGUUUCUCGGCCUGGACAACAUCGGAUUGUUCAAUCGAUCCGAGCCCCUGCCCACCGGAGGAGUGCUGGAACAGGCGGAUAGCACUGGCUGGAUGGCCUUCUACUGUCUGUGCAUGUUGAACAUCUCACUCGAGCUUGCGAAGCACCGAAGAACUUAUGAAGACAUUGCAUCCAAGUUCUUCGAACAUUUCAUCCUCAUUAGCGACGCUAUGACCUAUCGGUCUGGGGAGGAUAACAUCAAAUCUCUAUGGAACGAGGAUGACCACUUCUAUUACGAUGCGAUCUCCUACGGUGGUCCGUGGACACAGCAACUGCCAAUCCGCUCAUUGGUUGGAUUGAUCCCGCUGUACGCUGUGCUCACUCUUGAGCCCGAAAUCAUCAACAAAUUCCCCUCGUUCAAGCGACGACUUGAAUGGUUCGUUGAGAAUAAGGCUGAUGUAGCUGAGCGGAACAUCGCCAGUAUCAAAACCCGUGGUGAAGGUGACCGCUUGCUCCUGUCACUUGUGAGCAGGGACCGCUUAGAGAAAAUCCUGAAGCGUAUGCUCGACGAAACCGAAUUCCUCUCCGAGCACGGCAUUCGAUCCAUGUCCAAAUACCAUGAAGAGAACCCGUAUUCCAUGGAUGUAAAUGGCCAGACCUUCAAGGUCAAAUAUGUCCCUGGAGAUUCGGACAGUGCCCUGUUUGGUGGCAACAGCAACUGGAGAGGACCGAUCUGGCUUUGUGUCAAUUUCCUGCUAGUUGAGUCUGUGCUUCGGUACUACAUGUUCUACGGAGAUUCAUUCAAGGUCGAAUGUCCGACGGGCUCGGGAGACUACAUGCACCUGGGGCACGUUGCCGAGGAGCUGCAGCAUCGCAUGCAGCAUCUAUUUGCACGGACUGAUGAUGGACGCCGAGCCAUCAACGGCGGCUCCGACCUGCUGGACUUUGACGAGCACUGGAAGGACUACCUUUGGUUCAAUGAGUUCUUCGAUGGUGACACCGGCCGUGGUCUUGGUACUUCCCACCAGUGUGGCUGGACUGGACUGAUUGCGAAGAUCAUCCACGAUACAGGAAUCAACUGCCGUCUCCCUCAGACCCCUCGUUCCCCCUUCGCCGCCGCCUCUCACUACUUUGACGAGGUCUUCUCUCGCAGUGGACGAUCCCGCCGGGGCUCCAGAGCACCGAUCCUCCGCCGCUCUUCUACGACCAGAUCUAUAGGCAAUAGAAGUGACUUCACCUCGGCUUUCACCCCUGGCGAGGUUGCAUCUGCGGCCGCAUCUACGAACGGGGAUGACGAUGAAUUGACUACUCCAAUUAGUCGUCGUGGAAGCUCUGCUGCGCUUGCGAACAAUGGUACCGACGAAGAACGCAUUAACAACUACGUCGAGAGCCAACUUCAGCGCGUCCGCAGCUCGGCUUCCAUUGCUGCAUACGAGGAUGAGCUCGAGACCCACGCCGAUCAAGAGAACGGGCACUAG